CCCGGGGCCCAGUCGGGGAAGUGAUGGCGGCGGCAGCUGUGGUGGCGGCGACAGUCCCCGCGCCGACGACGGGAACGGACGGCGCAUCCUCGGUGCAUUGGUUCCGCAAAGGGCUGCGGCUUCACGACAACCCCGCGCUGCUAGCGGCCGUGCGCGGGGCGCGUUGUGUACGCUGCGUCUACAUCCUCGACCCGUGGUUUGCGGCCUCCUCGUCUGUGGGCAUCAACCGGUGGAGGUUCCUACUGCAGUCUCUGGAAGAUCUGGACACAAGCUUAAGAAAGCUGAACUCCCGUCUGUUUGUAGUCCGGGGCCAGCCAGCUGAUGUGUUCCCAAGGCUCUUCAAGGAAUGGGGGGUGACCCGCUUGACCUUUGAAUAUGACUCUGAACCCUUUGGGAAAGAACGGGAUGCAGCCAUUAUGAAGAUGGCCAAGGAGGCUGGAGUGGAGGUGGUGACUGAGAAUUCUCACACCCUCUAUGACCUGGACAGAAUCAUCGACCUGAAUGGCCAGAAACCACCCCUUACCUACAAGCGCUUUCAGGCCAUCAUCAGCCGCAUGGAGCUGCCCAAGAAGCCUGUCGGCACUGUGAGCAGCCAGCAGAUGGAGAGCUGUAGAGCCGAGAUCCGGGAGAACCACGAUGACACCUAUGGUGUGCCUUCCCUGGAGGAACUGGGGUUCCCCACGGAAGGACUUGGCCCAGCUGUCUGGCAAGGAGGAGAGACAGAAGCUCUGGCCCGCCUGGAUAAGCAUUUGGAACGGAAGGCCUGGGUUGCCAACUAUGAGAGACCUCGGAUGAAUGCCAAUUCCCUGCUGGCCAGCCCCACAGGCCUCAGCCCCUACCUGCGCUUCGGAUGCCUCUCCUGCCGCCUCUUCUACUACCGCCUGUGGGACUUGUAUAAGAAGGUGAAGAAGAACAGCACGCCCCCCCUCUCCUUGUUUGGACAACUCCUGUGGCGAGAGUUUUUCUACACAGCGGCCACCAAUAACCCCAGGUUUGACCGAAUGGAGGGGAACCCCAUCUGCAUCCAGAUCCCCUGGGACCGCAACCCUGAAGCCCUGGCCAAGUGGGCUGAGGGCAAGACAGGCUUCCCUUGGAUUGACGCCAUCAUGACCCAACUGAGGCAGGAGGGCUGGAUCCACCACCUGGCCCGGCACGCCGUGGCCUGCUUCCUCACCCGCGGGGACCUCUGGGUCAGCUGGGAGAGCGGGGUCCGGGUAUUUGAUGAGCUGCUCCUGGAUGCAGAUUUCAGCGUAAACGCGGGCAGCUGGAUGUGGCUGUCCUGCAGUGCUUUCUUCCAACAGUUCUUCCAUUGCUACUGCCCUGUGGGUUUCGGCCGACGCACAGACCCCAGUGGGGACUACAUUCGGCGAUACCUGCCCAAAUUGAAAGGGUUCCCCUCGCGCUACAUCUAUGAGCCCUGGAAUGCCCCUGAGUCGGUUCAGAAGGCCGCCAAGUGCAUCAUUGGCGUAGACUACCCGCGACCUAUCGUCAACCAUGCUGAGACGAGUCGGCUCAACAUCGAGCGCAUGAAGCAGAUCUACCAGCAGCUGUCGCGAUACCGGGGACUCUGUCUUCUGGCAUCUGUCCCUUCCUGUGUGGAAGACCUCAGUCACCCAGUGGCAGAUCCCAGCUCUAGCCAGGCUGGGAGCAUCAACAACACAGGCUCCAGACCCAUAGCCAGUGGCCCAGCCUCCCCUAAACGCAAGCUGGAAGCAGCUGAGGAGCCUCCCGGUGAAGAAUUGAGCAAGCGGGCUAGGGUGACAGAGAUGCCUGCCCAAGAGCCACCAAGCAAGGACGCCUGAGAGUGAGUCCUUGCAGAAGGAGCUAGAGAGUCAUCGCUCCGUGACAAAGCCUGGGUACCUGAACUGCCACGGCCUACAGAGAACCCAGUCACCAACAGACGGCGGACGAGUGUAUGUGUGUGUGCAAAGGAGGCGUGGUGUGCCGUUUGCGUGUGCAUGCAUCUGUUUACACUCUCGUGAUCCUGAAUGUUGCCUCAGCUGAAAGACUCUGGAUCAUCCUUGUCACCGGAGCUGCUUCCUCAUCUCCAGACACAGGACUAGAAACCACAGCAGUGACCUUCAGCCCAGAUCUGUUCCUGGGAGCCCCCUUUCUUGUUUCAGUAGAAAGUGGUGGUAGGACCCUAGCUAGAAUUCUGGUCUCUGCCUCCCCAGACUCUCUUUCCCCUCAGAUAGCUGGAGGACCACAUUUUUUGACAUUCACCUAAAGUUUGAGGUUCCAGAGGUAGGUAGCCAGAGUCCUGCUGGCUUAGAUCCCACCUUGUGACACUAGACCUGAGCAAGCUGGAGCAGAUGCUUCUCCUUCAGACAUACCUAGCCUGACCAGCCUUUUAAAUCCCAUGCAUAUCUGUCUGUGUAGGACCUUCUAGAAGCCAGGUAAGGACUAGACUCCAGUCCUCUGUUCUUUCCCUAGCCGCUAGGGCCCAGCCUCAGCCUGCCAGGAGCUGAAGACAGGCCAGGGUCAGGGCUGGUGGAGGAAACCAGGUCCCAUGACUUAAAGGCCACAGCUCCUCUGGCCACAUUCCCAGGCAUAUGCUCUAGCAAGUACUGCUGCUACCCAGCCAGGCAAGCUGGCCAGUCUAUGUUCUGCGGGCUUCCAGGGCCCUGGACUAGUCAGCACCUAUACUGCCGUGUCAGCUCUUCAGGACUGGGCUUCAAGGGACUUAGAGGGACCUCAUGAGGGCUGGAGCACUACAUGGGCAGUUGGUAAAAGGUCAAAUAGAGAUAAUACCUAGCACACCAUCCCCUUUCUCAGAGUGGCAGUGGAAGGUUUGGCCCAGAGAAGCCAGGCCUGUGUUCCAGGGGAGCCUCCUCUCCCUGUGUAUAUACUGCCCUACAUACUCACACUUCUGACCUCCUGGGAAUGCUGUUGGGUCAUGUGGAGAAAGCAGUUAUGAAAAGAAGGAUUGUGGGUAACUGAGCAAGUCUUCCAUCCACUUCCACCCCCGUGGCCUGCACAUGAGCCACAGUGUAUGCGUGUGAAGUGAGUGUGU